AUGUCUGACUUCACUAAAUUCGAUGUAUCCACAUUGGCUUCCUGGAACGAUGCCUUGAACAAGGAUUUAAACACCCAAUUGGGUGCCUCGGUGUUGAGAACAUACAACGCCGAAGAGGCACUUAUCAACAGGGAGGUGUUCAUUCGCAACUCGAACAAGGUGUUCAAUACUAGCGUGAAGGUACAAGGUGCCCCUGUGACAAAUCAAAAAUCAAGUGGUCGCUGCUGGCUCUUCGCCAGUGGCAAUGUCUUGAGACUUCCAUUCAUGGAGAAGCACAAUGUCAAGGAGUUCCAGUUCUCCCAACUGUACUGGUUCUUCUACGAUAAACUCGAGAAAUGUAACUUCUUCUUGGAGAAGUUCCUCGAGUCCAUUGACUCCACCGAGGACCUGGACAUCAACUCUCGUCUCAUUCAGCACUUGUUGGAUGACCCCACAUGUGACGGCGGCCAGUUCGACAUGUUCAUCAAUGUGGCAGAGAAGUAUGGUAUGAUCCCUCACGAGUUGUACCCUGACGCUUACUCAGCUACUGCCUCAAGAACCUUGAAUUUCUUGCUCAAGACGAAAUUGAGAGAGUUUGCUCAGGCAUUGCGCGUUGCCAAGAAGGAGAAUCCUGAAAAGAUCUCCAAACUUAAGGAAGAUCAGCAAAGGGAAGUCUACAGACUCAUGGUUAUGUUUUUGGGCCAGCCUCCUCUUCCUGACACAGAGUUGACGUGGGAUUACAAAGACAAGGACGACAACGUGAAGAAGUUGACCUUCACCCCGUUACUGUUCUACAAGGACAUGGGUAUAGACUUGAAGAACUACGUGUCUCUUUUGAACGACCCUAGGAAUCCUUACGACACUGUCAUUAAGAUUGACAAGUUAGGUAAUGUUGUGGGUGGUAAGGAGGUCUCGUACUUGAAUAUUGACAUCGAUCAAUUGGCCAAGUAUGCCAUCGAACGCAUCAAGAACAACCAAGCUAUAUUUUUUGGCACCCACACUCCAAUCUACAUGGACAAGAAGAGAGGUAUUAUGGACGAAGAGCUUUACAACUACAAGCUCAUUGAUUUCCAUGCGUCUCAAGACAAGGCCAGCAGAAUUGAGUAUAAGCAGUCACUCAUGACUCACGCCAUGGUAUUGACAGCUGUGCACUUGGAUGAGCAAGGCAACCCUGUCAGAUGGAAGGUUGAGAACUCUUGGGGCAAGGACUCGGGACAGGAUGGCUACUACUGUAUGGACCAUAAGUAUUUCAAGGAGUAUGUCUACCAGAUUGUGGUCGACAAAUCUGAAUUGCUGGACAGCCACCGAAAGAUCAUUUCAGAGCAAGCCAAUCCUGUGGUUUUGCCACCUUGGGACCCAAUGGGUGCUCUUGCGUCUAUGCCAUGA